AUGGGCUGGAACAUCUUUCGAAUAUUGGGAGACUGCUCCCAUCUCUUGUCAAAAUGCAUCUUGAUCUUCGCCAUCCACCGUAACAGGAGUGCUGAAGGUGUCUCGAUGAUAACCCAAGGCCUCUAUACCCUCGUAUUUCUCUCGCGCUACACGGAUUUCUUUCGCGAGACAUCGACCUGGAAUUGGUGCUUCAAGUUCUUCUACAUCACCAGCAGCAUCUACAUCGUUGGAAUCAUGAGGUGGAUCUACCCUCGGACGCGGGAGCGCGAGAUCGCCUGGAAGCUCGGUGGCGCUGCCCUCGCGGCGUCGCUAUUUCUAUCGCCCUUCGCGAUGCUGAUCUUCGAGGGCAAGGACAGGUGGUCCUUCUUCACGUGGCUCUGGGACUUCUCGCAAAUCCUCGAAUCCGUCUGCAUUCUCCCGCAGCUCCUGCUCCUGCGGCAGACGACCGUGCCGACCGUCAUCGACUCCUUCUACCUGCUCACGCUGGGCGCGUACCGCGGGCUGUACUGCCUGAACUGGAUCUGGCGCGAGAUCGACGUCAACGACAUCAAACCCAACGCCGUGUCCAUCAUCUUCGGCGUCAUCCAGACGGCCCUCUACCUCGACUUCUUCUGGGUCUACUACACGCGCCAGCGCGUCAAGCUGCGCGCCGGCGGCGUCGUCGACGCCGACGACAUCCGCCGCGGCUGGCUGCUCAACCGCAUCUUCGGCAACAAGCGCUUCGAGAACGUUGACCAGGGCGACGACGAGGAGAGCGCCCCCGCCCUCGGUGGACACAACACCAACGGCAACGGGAACGGCAAUGCCGCCUCGUCGCAGCAGCGCCGGUCCAAGUGGGGCGCAAGGGGCAUAUCCAUCAGUGCCGACGACACUACCUUGGAGCAAGACCGCCACCACGACAAUGAUGACAAUGACGCCUUCAAUGACAGUGGUGUCGAUCCCGACGCCAAGAUGAAAGACCCGGAUGAGCUUGCGCACGCCCUAGAUGACGACGAUGAGGAAGAUGGGACGCUGCCUUCGGGGUCAUCGUCGCGUGGGGACACGAAUAAGACGGUUCCUAGCGGCGUGAGUAACGGAAAUGAGUGGCGAGACAGCUAG